CCACCAAACUGACACACCAGCAGUUGUCAGCGGCAGCUUGAAUAUCUAUCUGUACUCAUUCAUGAUCUGUAACAAGUAUUCCUUUUUCAUUUUAUUAUCUUAAUACAUUUUAUAACAUUAUUAUAGUCAUCUGACUGGACCUUGGAUCAUUGAGUGCGAGUCACGUUCUUCUAAUUGGGCCGGGAGGAUCCUCCUUGGGUGCUGGAGAACCCUUCUUCACUAAUGCUUCUCUGAGGAUAUCAGACAUGGAUCAGAUCUCUCCAUCAAAAACCAUCUGGUUAUGGACCCUGCUAUCUCUUUUCUUUUCAGAUGUGGUUUGUAAUCUGGAAGGAUCUCUGCACAGAGAUCUAAUGGUGGGAUACAACAAGAACAUUCGACAUAUGGAGCACCACGGUGACAUCACCGAUGUAAAGAUCAAGAUGACCCUCACCAACCUCAUUUCUCUGAAUGAAAAAGGGGAGACUCUCACCACUUGCGUUUGGAUUGAAAUGAGAUGGCGUGAUUAUCGACUCCGCUGGGCUAACAGGACAGGGUUCGAGGUCUACGAGAACAUCACCCGUAUGCGUCUUCCUUCUAAAACCAUCUGGCUGCCCGAUGUUGGCCUGGAGAACAAUGUGGAUGGGCAUUUUGAGGUGGCGCUCUACACUAAUGCUCUGAUUGAUCCUGACGGUAGUGUUUACUGGUUGCCCCCUGCCAUCUAUCGGAGCUCCUGUGCCAUCAAAGUCAACUACUUCCCCUUCGACUGGCAGAACUGCAGCAUGGUGUUCAGGUCUCAGACGUACAAUUCCAAUGAAAUUCGACUGAUGCUCUCAGACGAAGACAACGUCACUAUGGAAUGGAUUGAGAUCGAUCCAGAAGCUUUCACUGAGAAUGGGGAAUGGAUUAUUAAGCACCGCCCUGCUAAGAAGGUAGUGAAGACGCGAUACAGCCCAGAUGAGUUGGAGCACCAGGAGAUCAUCUUCUUCCUCAUCAUCCAGAGGAAACCACUGUUCUACGUCAUCAAUAUCAUCGUGCCCUGUGUUCUCUUCUCAUCCCUUGGGCUACUCGUCUACUUCCUGCCGGCCAAAGCUGGAGGACAGAAAUGCACUAUGACCAUUGCUAUCCUGCUCGGUCAGACUGUCUUCCUGUUUCUUAUCGCCAAGAAAGUGCCAGAAACCUCCCAGGCUGUUCCUCUCAUUGGAAAGUAUCUGAUGUUUGUGAUGUCCGUGACCACAAUAACUGUGAUGAACUGUGUGGUGGUGUUGAACGUCUCUCUGCGAACUCCAAACACCCACCCCAUGAGCAACACCAUCAGAAAGGUCUUUCUGAACAUGCUUCCUCGUCUGCUGAGGAUGACGAUGCGGCGCUGGACACCUGAGCUGGAGGAAGGGGAUUUUAAAAUGUUUGCCCUGGGUAACGGCACCCCGCUUCGCCGCAGGAGACGCAGCUCUUUGGGCUUAAUAGCAAAGGCGGAUGAAUACAUGUUCAGAACUGCUCGCUCUGAGCUGAUGUUCAGUCGACUGAAGGAGAGGAAGGGGCUGCUCAAGAACACUUUGGAGAAAAUACAAAAUGGUCUAGGAGGAAACACGGCACCGGAUCUGGAAUCCAGUCUGGCUUCGGCUUUACCAGAAGUGCAGCAGUGUGUGUCUUCCUGUAAAAACGUUGCAGAAAGUGUCAAGCAUCAAAACGACUUUCAAAGUGAAAAUGAAGAAUGGUUUCUGGUUGCCAGGGUGAUUGACAGGAUGUGCUUUAUCGUCAUGGUGCUGCUGUUUAUACUGGGAACCAUCGGAAUCUUCCUUAUGGGACAUUUUAACCAAGCACCAUCUCAGCCUUUCCCAGGAGACCCCAAAAAAUACCUGCCUGAAAUCUCACCUGGAGACAUCACCGGAUGAACACAAGUUCAAAACGAUAGACUCAGAGAAUCUGCAGUAGAAGGAGGACUUUGUUGAAGAUACUGCUGUAGACCUACUGAAAGCGAUUCAAGGUCUCCAAAGAAGAGAGCUGGUUGGAUCUAUAAAAUGGCUUUGAUCAGUUGUUCAUAAUCAUACAUGUCAUAUUAUUUGCUUGUCAGUCAGCUUUAAUGUUGUCUAGUGAUUCAACUAGAAUGCUUUUCUGAAAAUAAAAAAAAACUGGAACCUUC